AUGGAGGCAGAGCUAGAGGGCUACGAGUACCAGUUGUCCAACAUCAAGACAUCGCUCGCCAAAGAUCCGACGAACCAGGACCUGCUGACGCUGAGAGAUGAGGUCCAGCUGCUCGUGGACCUCACCAAGGAAGCACUGGGACAGACCCAGGCAAGCAAACCCGUCGCUUCUUCCUCCCGUCAGCCCGUGACCUCUCGCUCAUCCGUCGUUGGUUCUGCCCGGUCAGACAGCAGCAGCAGCAGCAAGGGCGCUUCCUCCUCAGCCAGCGCAGCCGCCAGUGCUUUGCUCUCCUCGGGCGAUGACUGUAUGGCCAAAUAUGCUCAGGAUGGCAAGUGGUACCCUGCUCGUGUGACUGCAGUUGGAGGCAGUAAAGACAAUCCUGUCUACAGCAUCACUUGGACCGAGUUCAACACGACCGAUGCCGUCGGUCCGGCAGAGAUAAAGGCCAUCAGUGAUUCAAAGAAACGUGCUUUGGCUCAGUCGGCUCUCGAUGAAGCUGAAAACGCGAGGAAGCGUGCCAGGAACGUCAAGAAGGAGGAGAACCGUCAGGUCAAGGCGGCCGAACAGGUCGAGAAACAGAAAUCCUGGCAGUCCUUUGCAAAGAAGAGUGCAAAGAAAGGUGUUCAUAUACCCGGCAUGACAGGCGAGAGCAUGUUCAAGACGCCGGACGCGCCUUAUGCCAAAGUGGGCGUUGUGGGCGCCGGCAAGGGGAUGACGAAGAUGCAGGAUCGUGCUCGCCACAUCUUCCCGUCCGAGCAAGGGUAG